CGAGCUCGCUGUCGACGACGACGACGAUGCUUCAAGCCACGUCAUGGCGUUAUCUAAUCUCGGCAAGGUCCACGGUCAUGGUCAUUGGUCAUAUCGUGCUCAAAUCCAAUUAUGGCUCUAUCCGCGAAUUGACCCAUAGACUCGCUCUCCGUCGCGACUUCACCAUUCUCGUUCUCCGUGCUUUGGCCUCUUAGUCGGUUUGGCCUCUACCUCUACAUCGCUAGGUUCUGCUUAUUCUGCUUCCGUUUUAUUUUUUUGAGACCUCUUCAUAGUUGGUGAAGGGAGGAUAGUAGAAGCUGCAGAUGCAGCCGUUUCAAGUUCCCGAAGUCGAAAUCCCUGGACUGUCCGCGCACUCUCAAGCCUCAGGCUCGAAUAUGAGACCGAAGAACUAUCCUUCCGCCUCAGGUUCAAGCUCGCAUCUCCAUCCUCCGCCUCAUAAUGCCGCUCCCUCAUUCGCCUCGACCUCGACCUCGACCUCCACACCCGCCUCGACCUCCACAUCCAUCCCCACUUCCGCCUCGACCUCCACGCCCGAACUAACCGACUGGAAAACCCCAGUAUGGGAAAGAGCCAGGCCGACGGUGCGCAGGCUCGAGGAUGCGUUGAGGCAGGUGGAGUUGAAGGGGAAGAGGAGGGAGGGGAUGAAGGCGAAGAUUAAGGGUUUAUUGGACACAAGAUUGCCCAAAGUCUACAUCGCCAUCUACGGAGCCACCGGGAUCGGAAAAUCUUCGCUCAUCAAUGCGCUUCUUGAUUCACAUCUCGUCCCCGUAAACGGCACACGCGCCUGCACCGCGACGGCCACCGAGAUCUCAUACCACGACAAGGACACGUUCGAAGCCGACGUGAGCAUCGUAACCGAGGACGAAUGGAAGGGCGAGCUCCGGCAGUUGCAGUGGGAGCUGUGGAAUCCGGAGACGGGGACUAUUAGGCCUGUGGGGGAGUUGAGUGAGGAUUCGGAGGUCACGCUGUCGAAGUUCAAAGCCAUAUAUCCGAAUCUUGACGCAGAGCAGUUGUAUAACAUGUCGGACGAAGAAGUCCUCGCUUCUGAUCCCGGCAUCCGCGCCCUCUUCGGCACAACCCAACACUUCUCCGCCUCCGAACCCUCCACGCUCACCCGUCACAUCAAGCCCUACGUCGACUCCCAAGAAGUCCUCAAAACGAAGAAAAAGAAGAAGCCCGCGAAGCGCCGCAAGACUGACUCCGACACGAAUCCAAACGCAGAGGACGACCAGCGCGCGCUGUGGCCGCUCGUGAAGGGGCUGGCGAUGCGCUGCAAUGCGGACGUGUUGGCUUCGGGAGCGGUAUUAGUGGAUUUGCCGGGCGUGGGGGACGCGAAUGCGGCGAGGGAGAGUGUGGCGAAGGAGUAUGGGAAGGCGGCGCAUAUGGUUUUUGCGGCGCCGAUUGGGAGGGCGGUGAGUGAUAAGCUUGCGAAGAAUCUGAUGGAACUGCUUAGAUAUGAUCCGCGCAAGAUCACCAUCGUCACCACGAAGUGUGACUUUAUAGAUCGGAAGGAGUACCGAGCCUCGGACGAAUGCGACGACGAUUUUUUCACGGAAUUGGAUGAUCAGAUGGAAGCAUAUGAAGGGAUGAUUGAGACGUUGAUGGCGGAGAGGGCGAAAGUGACCGGCCCUGCCCAAGACGAGUUCGACCAGAAGAUCAAACAGAUCCGAGCGAAAAUUGACGGGUUAUUAGCCGAAGAGACGAUCUUGUGUUCGAAGCAGAGGUCGGAGGUGGCUCGUGUGGCAUUGCAGUCCCAGUUCAAGAUCGACGCGCGCAAACAUUUUGAAUCUCUCAGGGCGUCUGCGAGUCAGUGUGUAGGCAAAGAUGGGACCCAGGUUAAAGUUGAAAUGGAGGAGGAUUACGACCUUCCCGUUUUUACUUGUGCCUCGGUGGACUACCAACGUCUCCGUUCUAACGAUCCAAACGACCGCCCAUUAUGUUUCACUAACCUAGCCGACACCCAGAUCCCUGCCCUUCGCGAUUGGAUCCACGAGCUCACCGCUCGCGCUCGGCUCGAUGCCACCAAGACUUACAUCGCCGACCUCGAUGCGUUCGUGAAUACCGUGACAGCUGUAAUCAUGAAGAACUCGUCGGACGUGCCGCUCGGUGUGCUGGACCUGAAGGAGAAGUGGGAUACAGGAGAAAGGGUGCCGGGCACCGAUGCUCGCGGGGUGCCGAAUUCGAAUUCGACGGAGAGGAAACCGGGAAAGAUCGCGAGGGCGUUGAUUACGAAAUUCGAGCAGGCUUCGGAGGCUAUGAGAGAGGAUUUGGAUAAGCUGUUCGAGCAGUACCUCGUCAAUGCGUUUCAGACCGGGGCGGAUAAGGCGAUCGAACAAGCACCCGCACUGCUGAAUGAAUGCCUCGACGUCCCAUGGCAAACACUUCGUGCCUGGAUCCGUCGGAAGGGAAUCAUCCGCCGAAAAGACUACGAUAAGGAAACCAAGGAACUAAAGGGAAAGCUCCGCCUGCGAGACUUCAACAAAGAACUCAUGGAGCCAUUCAAGAAAAGCGUCCAAGACCCGUGGAUCCUCGUCUUCAAACAGGCACGAGACGAGAAUGGCAACGUCUUCAAUCAGGUCCGAAUGGAGGUCGAGUUCCGGAUCCGGAUCAUCAUCAACGACGUCUGCAACUCGACUAAAGACCCGGAAGUCAAACAACAGGUGGUGGGCAAGGGUCUCGAAGAGGCGUGGAUGAAAGAGAUGCGUGCCGCGCUGACGUCGAUCGAGUCGAAUGCGAGGGUGAAGUUGAUGAAGAAACAGAAGGAGUAUUCGCAGGAUAUGUCGGCGAGGAAGUGGUUGCUGCCUGGGUAUGAAGGGGCUAUGGCGAAGACGGGCCCGGGUUGUAUGAAUAUGCAGAAGACCUUUUUCAGGGAGUACUUCCAUUCGCAUUACAAGGAAGGAUUUGAUGACACCGCAGUCGACAUCAUGACGGUCCUGCAGAAGACUGCAUCUGAGGUUGCCUCUCAGACAGACGCCACACUCGUGGAACUAGCCUGCAAGGUUGAAGACACCAUCGCCCUCCUGUGGGAAAAGGUCCCCAGUAAUCCGGCUCAGCUUCAAGCUCGUCGCGCAGCGAAGAAUGUGUGCGAUGAGCUACGGGGCAUGAUUCAGACCUGGGAGCGCCCCGCGGUUGUUGCGAUGGACGUGGACUGAUACUUUAUUGCGUGUUAUUUUUUUGUAUAUCUUCUUGCAUGUAUUUUUAGAUCCCUGUGCUUAUUGCUCGUUCACUGACAGUCGAGAUGUAUUCCCGCUACUUUAGUAGUGGGUCUUACAGGAAGUAUCGUUCGGUUUUUGGCUUGUAAUGCGACGACCUUCCCUAUAUGGUAGAUGCUGACCAA